GAGCUCACGAGUAAUUCUAAAUUUCUAGCAAUGUAAAGAAAGUGGAGCUGCCAUGCCAGUGCCUGCUCUUUUGAUGGGGCCUUUGGGAUUGUGAUAUCCAAAGCCUCCAAAAUCUUCCUUUCUCUUCUUACAAAGCAAUCGGAGGGAGCGCACCCUUCUUCGGCAGUAAAGGACAGGGGGAAUAUCUUUGGUUGUCUCUUUAUUAAAGAAAGUUGGUCCUUUUCUCACUUCAAAAACCUUAUACUACACAACCCGGUGUGAUCAUCCAGGGGAAAUGUUCUUGAUUCUUUCGUGACUUGAGCCAGGUCUCUCUUUCUCAGCACUCAAGGAACUACCCACAACUCAUACUAAACCCAAUUCCCCAUCUUCUCCUCUUCUCAAAAAACCAAGGCUAGAAAAUGUCACUCCCCCAGCAGCAGCCACCAGUUAUUUACCCCAAUACUGUCACCAGACAGCCUCCUUCCCACUCCAAUGGAUCAUUUGGGACCGUCUUUAUAGUCCUGGGCGUGAUAGUUGUUAUAUCUGCUAUCGCUUGCGUUCUUGGAAGGCUCUGCAAUCGGCGCCGCCACCACCAUCCAAAUCCUAAACAAAACUCUGCUUUUCGCCCCAAAGAACCAGACUUAGAGUUUGGUUUUGACAAGGGAAGGCCAACUGCCAAGCCGGCAGGCAACGGAGGACCCAAACACAAUGGACACAGACCAUUUGAAAAUGGCGAAAUCAGAGCCGAAAACAAGCCCACGGAAUCUACUGCUGCAUGAUGAUGGUGCAGAAUUCGUAGGAGCGUCUUCAUGUGUGUUAUUUUCUGCUGGCUGUUGUUGUUUAAUUACUUCUAUAAAAGUCGUUCUGGUUUUUAUUUCA